ACUUUACUAUAUCUGCAGAUGGAGAACAAAUUAACAGAAAACCCCAAUAUCACUGCCACGGUGGAAUUUAUUCUCCUAGGGUUUUCUGAUGUUCCUAAUCUCCAAUGGAUCCUUUUCGGGAUAUUUUUAGUCAUCUAUCUGACUAUCCUGAUGUGCAAUGGCAUCAUAAUUUUGAUAACAAGAAUUGAUCCUGCUCUCCAGAUCCCUAUGUAUUUUUUUCUGAGCACUUUUUCUUUUUUAGAAAUCUGUUAUGUAAGCGUCACUGUCCCAAGAAUGCUCGUGGACCUACUAACCCAGAAAGGAAACAUUUCUUUCUUUGCCUGUGCUACACAAAUGUGUUUUGUCCUGAUGUUUGGAGGCUCAGAGUGUCUCCUCCUGGCCGUGAUGGCCUAUGACCGCUAUGUAGCCAUCUGUAGCCCUCUGCACUACCCUCUAGUCAUGAACCACAGGGUCUGCGUCCAACUGGUGAUCGCCUCCUGGAUGGGUGGAGUUCCAGUUGUAAUUGGGCAGACCUGCCAGAUUUUCUCUCUGCCCUUUUGUGGGUCUAACACAAUUAACCAUUUCUUCUGUGACCUUCCCCCGGUCCUCAAGCUUGCUUGUGGGAACACAUUUGUGAAUGAGAUAGCAGUCUAUGUAGUUGCUGUGGUAUUUAUCACGAUUCCGUUUUUGUUGAUUGUUAUCUCCUAUGGCAAAAUUAUCUCCAACAUUCUGAGACUGUCAUCAGCCAGAGGGAGGGCUAGAGCUUUCUCUACCUGUUCUUCUCACCUGAUAGUUGUCGUCUUAUUCUAUGGAACAGCUACUGUCACUUAUUUACAACCCAAACCAAGUCAGUCUGCAGAAAUUGGGAAACUGAUCUCUCUUUUCUAUACUGUUUUGAUCCCAACAUUGAAUCACAUUAUAUAUACUUUGAGGAACAAAGACAUCAUGGUAGCCCUGAGAAAACUGGUAACUAACUUAUCAACAUGA